AAAAAAUCGACGAAAAUGCUAUGCUUGGAUAUCAAACUCGUUUCGCGACUGCGGGGUGUCUCCUCCGGAACUGCCUCGUCAACCGCGUCAUCAACGCACCCGACGACGGCCUCAGCUUCGUCAACCUCGAUGAGCUCCGCGGAGAAAAGCAAGUUCCGCAGAGUGAAACGUCACGAGAAUAGCGAGGUCGCCAGCUCGAAUACGACCAGCGACAGCGAAGAGGAAUCGUUGCGACCUAGUUCGAGCAUCCAGGAGAUGAUACGCAGGAACAGAUCCAGAUCGAUAUGCGUGGCGGCGCUCAUGCCGUCCUCGCAACUUAGACAGCUACAUCGACGUGCCAGUCAUGUAGCCACCACAGAUGCAAUAGCGAGACGAGGUGUCCUGUCGAGACGAUGUUACGGCAGUGUCGAAAUGCUACCGCAGAUCGAGCAGGAUGGUGCCGACAAUGGCAGAAGAUUUCGAGUGGAGAACGGAGAUUCUCCCGGAGAAAAAGAAGAGAUGUUCGGUUCGCCGAGUACGCCGAUAUUAGAAAAUCCAGAGUACCAAACGCGUUGGUACUUUAAAUACUUCUUAGGCAAACUGCAUCAAAAUUAUAUCGCUUCUGAUCAGGAGAGAAAUCCUCUUUUCCUCUCGGUAGUCACGAGCGAAGUCGGUGAUCAAUGUGUUCCACACUAUAGAGUUAUUCUAUGGAGACGAACUGGCGCGCAGAAAAUAUCGUUGCCGUAUUCGGCGAACAAAACAAUGACUAUCAGACAAAUUCUCAGCAACUUCUUCAGUCUGGAAAAACUCGAUAAAGCGCCUCGUGAAGUUUUCACGCCCGAACUGCAAAAGGAUCUAUUACUGUUGGAGGAACAAGAAGGCUCGGUGAACUUUAAGUUUGGUGUAAUCUACGCAAGAGAGGGUCAGAUCACCGACGACGAGAUGUUGUCUAACGAAAGAGGUAGCCCGGGUUUCGAGAGCUUCCUGGAGAUCCUGGGUGAGAGGAUACGGCUCAAAGGUUGGGACAAAUAUAGGGGCGGCUUGGAUGUGAAAGGAGAUAUGACAGGAAAGGAAAGUUAUUACACGGUUUAUGCAGGUCACGAAGUUAUGUAUCAUGUUAGUACGAUGCUACCGUAUUCAAAGGACAAUCCGCAGCAACUCGAAAGGAAAAGACACAUUGGCAACGAUAUUGUUAACAUCAUUUACACGGAUGAUCCAUCAGCCGUAGAUACUUUCAAUCCGAACUGUAUAAGAAGCCAGUUUACCCACGUGUUUGCCGUGGUGACAACCGAGGCGGAUGGCAAGAGUUGGCGGGUCGCUAUUUAUUGCGACGAAAACGUACCUCUGUUCGGACCGAGUCUUCCCUGCCCACCAGUUUUCGAGGACCCAUAUAAUCUCCGCGAAUUUCUCCUUGUUAAAUUGAUCAAUGGUGAGAAAGCUACUUUUGACACGCCGACAUUCUCUAGGAAGAGGGAAAGAACUCUCGACGCCCUGUUGCGAGACAUGUACCAAGAGCAUUCGCAAGACAGCAAGAGCAAUAGCAUGCUAAAUCGUCGAGCACUCUCGGAUGUUGUGGAGACACCAGGUCGACGGCGAGAAGAAACACGCGCUGUCGAAAUGGUGCGAGUCGGACAAGCCUUGAAAUUGGAAGCUAUCAUGCGUGGCCUCGCACCCACCUCUCUCGCCACUGUCGGUCCUUUGAAGCCCAGGCCAUGGGAACCGAGAUGCAUCUACCCCAGACUGAUCCUCGCCUCGGAGAAUGGGACUUUUCUCAUUGAAGAUGGAGUUUCGCACAGAUUGCUUUUCGAUGAGUCUGUGCAGAUCAAGCAAUUGGACGUGAUCGAGCAGCACGGUAUACUCUUAUUUCGUGCUGGCGAUAAAGGUAAGGAGAGUAGCGUCUACGUUUUCCGGCUGCGAGAGUUUGAAAGCGAUGCUUCUAUGAGAUGUGCCGAGCUGUUCAACGAUCGCGAGACUAACGAUCGAGAGAAGGAGGAAGAAGAUGACGAUGAGGACGCCGAGGAUGACGAUGAUGAUUGCGACGAGGAUGACGCCGAAGAGUGUAACAAUUUCACACGUGCCACCGCUAAAUUUCAACCGGUAGGACGUCCACGAGCGCGGAUGCGCGUUCGCGCCCCGACCGUUCGAAGCCGAGCGCAUAUCAAGGAGAGGAAGCUGCGGCGUACACGGGGAUGUCACUUGUACAGCAUCACAAGACCCGGAGGAUCGCAUUUACGUAUGUGCGUGGUCGUCGGUCGCCGACUCACGGUCCUUCAGUGGAAGCACAAUGCAGCCUGGACCAUCUGGUGCUCGUCAGCUGAUACCGACACCGUCGACGGUUUUCUAUUAGUGAAGGAAUUUACCGCGAACGAGACACCCUCAUUAGUAACGAUGAUCGAGAGCGUCGAUCCAGCGAACGAAUGGACACUGUGUUGCGGUGCUCGUCAUCACUUUGAAUUGAUCACCGCUUCCGGUACUUCGAGGAUAGUCCACAUGGAAGCGACGCCUAAGCCACAUUUGGUAGCGGCGUUGGAUCUUCGCGAGGACGAGGAGCCGGAACUGUUACUUUGUUACAACAAUACAUGUCACUUUCAAAAGCUGGCGGAAGAGAACACUGCGUCAACCGAAUUCGAUUUUAAUUGGAAUUCGAUGCCGACAGUCGUAGCCUGUGCCUUUCCAUACGUGAUCGCCUUCACUAACGACACGAUGGAGAUUCGAUUGAUAAUAAACGGCAACCUGGUUCACACGAUCGCCAUGCCCAGCCUCAACUUAAUCACCUCGAAACGGGACAUCUUCUUCGCAACCACAGCGCCGGAAUUUUUCCCAGGAAAAUGUGAGCGAAUCCGAUUGGACUCAAAACCUCUCGAGAAGGAGGAAAUGCCUUGCAGUCCACCACUGACCGCACAGUCUUCGUCCUCCUCUCGAUCGAGUGUUCAGAACAGUCAAGGUGAUUGGAAGCCGAUAAGGAUCUAUCGGAUACCACUGCAGACGCUGUCGAGAAGCACGGCGUCCAACUGUAACCAGAGGAGAUGUCCGAGUCCCACGGAGCCGGAAAUCGUUUCCGCACCACCGACCUCCGACAGAACCUUUCUGAGCGUCGAACCUCAACGUGUACACAGCAGGUCCUGCAGCAGCAGUCCUACACCCACACCGAUCACGAAUUUGCCAUCGCCAUGUAAAAAAUAGACACCGUAGUUUCUUGACGCUUGGCAAUCGAUUGCAUUAAUUGUGAUCUUAACAGAUCGAUUACAUGAAAAAAAAAAA